GCAAACGCCAGACAAGAAACCCAUCAUUCCAUUCAAAAAUGCCGCUGUCCAUGAAACGCUGGGUAGGCAAAACCGCCAUUGUAACCGGAGCUAGCGUCGGAAUUGGAGCUGCAAUUGCCGAAAGAUUGGUCAUUGAGGGCCUACAGGUAGUGGGAAUAGCUAGACGGGUCCACCUCAUCCAGGACCUAUCCAGGCGCCUGGCGAACGAGAAGGGCAAGUUGCACGCGUUGCGGUGCGACGUGACGAUCGAAGACAACAUCCUGAAGGUGUUCGAAUGGUGCAGGGAGCACCUCGGCCCCGUCCACAUACUGAUCAACAACGCCGGCAUCGUGGAGAACACCAAUCUGAUCGACGGCGACACCAGGAAGUGGCGCAACGUGAUCGACACGAACGUGUUCGGGCUGUGCGUGGGCACCAGGGAGGCGGUGAGGGAGAUGGUGAGGCACCGGGUGGACGGGCACAUCGUGCACAUGAACAGCGUGGGAGGGCACCGGGUGCCCUAUUUCACCUUCAGCAACGUCUAUCCGGGCACCAAGCACGCCGUGACCGCCUUGGCGACGACGCUCAAGAAGGAAUUGUCGGCGAACAAGCUCGAUAUUAAGAUUACUAGCAUCAGUCCGGGUAUAGUGAAGACGGAAAUUGGUAAAAGUUGCUACAAUUUCGAGAAGCAAGUGUCAGUAUCGCCGAGUUUGACUGUCGAGGACGUGGUUGAUGCUGUGAUAUAUGCCCUUUCAACCGGCCCGAACGUGCUGGUGGAAGAGAUUAUUCUACAGCCGCUCCACGAACCGUUCUAGUUUUAAGGAGGUUUUGUAGUUGGACAAAUAGAGGUUGUGGAUAUUAUUGUAUAUUGUAAUAAAGAGUUUGAUAAUAA